AUGAACCUGACGCAUUUUCUCCCUUGGAGCCUCUUACUUCUCCUUCACUCAGUCCUCUCAGCCCCUUCACGCACUUGCCAUGAGAGAAGCAUCAACCAUCAAGACAUAUGCGAGGACAAUGCCCUCCUGCAACUGCUCGAGCCAGUCGCCAAACCCGACACAAACCGGAAGCUGGCUGAGUCCUUUUGCUCGUCUUACUUUGCAGGUUCAGCAGUUAUGCGACCCGUUCAGAUUCCCCAAGCCACAUCUCGAGUCACUACAAUGACUCCCCCACCAGCAGUCUCACCAAAUCCGAUAGUUGAACCUUCAAAGAUGCGCCUCGCAGGCCACAAUAUAUACGAGGGAGAUAACGAGGACAGCGACGACAGCGAACCGGAUAUGACCACAAUAACAGUCACCACAACCGUCACCGGAACGAUUACUAGGACCAUGAUUCCGACCACGACGGUGACCAAUACCCUAGUGAAGUCCAUGAAUGGCAACCAUAAUACACCGGCAACCACAUCAGCCAGAGCCAGCGGAGCUCUUCCCCGGCUGGGUCGACGGCGAAGGGUGGUAGCAAGGGCGCCGCCCAUGAUGGAACACUGUCCUCAAGCGUGGCGGGGCCGACCGGAAGAUCAAAUACGGAGGGCAUGUGCAUGUCUCGUUGGGCAAGGAAAGGGAACAAUUGUACUUUCGAGGGCUGAGGGAUCCACGGUGGUCAUGACGGCGCCGGCUCCGUCACCCGAUGUUUCGUCAUUUGCCGGAUGA